AUGACAAUCAAAGCCUUGAACCUUGUAGGUAACGACCUGGCCCGGGUGCUUCGUUGGGGCUCAGGUUACAGCGGGGAGGACCCCCCUCACAUCCUGGUGUCAGUGGACGAGGCUGAGGAGGUUCUGAUGGACCGAUGGACCAUCCUGCUGGACGCUCAGCACUUCUCUGAGGACGCUCACAGCUUCCUGGAGCCCCCCAAGAUUGUUCAGAUGAACAACUACUUCGGUCUGGGCAUCGACGCCGAGCUCAGCCUCGACUUCCACCAGGCCCGCGAGGACGAGCCGGACAAAUUCACCAGCAGGUUCCAUAAUAAAGGUGUGUAUGUGAAAGUGGGUCUGCAGAAGAUCAGCUGCAGCCGAAGUCUCCAUAAAGAACUGAAACUGCAGGUCGACGCUCAGGAGGUCCAGCUGCCCAACAUCGAGGGGCUCAUCUUCCUCAAUAUACCCAG